UUCCACAUACGGAACGGAACCAUUCUACAAAACACAUCUUAUAGUCUAUCUCUAUAUAUAUAUAUAUUACCCAUAUCUCUAUAGAUCUUAAGAGUAUAAGUUCGGACGAUGAUGCAUCCCGCAGCAAGCAUGUUCCCUCCUCCAAUGGCUCCACCGACCAUGGAUCCUCAACAAAAUCAUAAUCAAUACCAACAAUACCAGCAAUGGAUGAUGAAUCAGAAUCAGCCCCCAACCCUACAACAACAGCCCCAACACCCCAUGUAUUACCACCAGCAACCACCGCCUCAGGCGACGGCGCCACCGCAGCAGCUCCAGCAUCCACAACCGCAACCGCAAUACUCGGCCACCGCUCAGCCCGCAAGCGCUGACGAGAUCCGUUCCCUCUGGAUAGGAGAUCUCCAGUACUGGAUGGACGAGCAAUAUCUUAUGAGCUGUUUUGCUCAUACUGGCGAGGCGGUAUCUGUGAAAAUUAUCCGUAAUAAGCAAACUGCUCAAUCGGAGGGUUAUGGUUUUAUUGAGUUUGUAAACCAUGCCGCUGCAGAAAGAAAUCUACAAACUUACAAUGGUACCCUGAUGCCAAAUGUUGAGCAGAAUUUUAGAUUAAACUGGGCAUAUUUUGGAGCAGGUGAAAAGCGUGCAGAUGAUACCCCUGACUUCACAAUAUUUGUUGGAGACUUGGCUGCUGAUGUUACAGAUUACAUGCUACAGGAGACAUUCAGGGCCCAUUAUCCUUCAGUUAAAGGUGCAAAGGUAGUAACUGAUAAAAUGACUGGACGCACGAAGGGUUAUGGGUUUGUCAAGUUUGGAGAUGAAAGUGAACAAUUACAUGCUAUGACUGAGAUGAAUGGAAGAUUCUGUUCAACCAAGCCCAUGCGCAUUGGGGCAGCCGCUAACAAAAAAAAUGUUGGUAGUCAGCAAUAUCCCAGUGCUCCAUACCAGAAUACUCAAGGAAUUCAGAGUGAAGAUGAUCCGAAUAAUACGACUAUAUUUGUUGGUGGUCUGGAUUCUAGUGUUACAGAUGACCAUCUAAGGCAAGUUUUCAGCCAAUAUGGGCAGUUGGUUCAUGUGAAAAUACCAGUAGGCAAGCGAUGCGGAUUUGUUCAAUUUGCUGACAGAAGUUGCGCCGAGGAAGCUUUACGGAUGCUAAAUGGAACCCAGUUGGGUGGACAAAAUGUUCGACUUUCAUGGGGCCGUAGUCCUUCAAAUAAACAGGUUCAGGUUGAUCCAAACCAGUGGAAUGGAGGAUAUUAUGGAUAUGCCCGAGGAUAUGAAACGUAUGGAUAUACCCCAGCUGCUCAAGAUCCUAAUCUGUAUUAUGGAGGCUAUUCAGGAUAUGCAAACUACCCACAGCUUCAGCAGCCACUGCAGCAGUAGCUUCAGUGAUUUCAAGUAUGGGUGAUGGUGAUGGUGAUGGACAUCUUUGUGCAUUGUAUCAGUAGUGAUCACUAUUCGGAAUUCGUUUGUUCCUCGAUGUGGUAUAUGUUGGCCAUUGCGGGUGCUUCAGUCCCAUUCUACCUAGUCUUUCUUUGAAUUUGUCUCUGAUUUUGUCAACGGGAGAAUUGCAUCACCAUUCUUAGCUAGGAUUUCUUGUAAUUUGUCUGUGAUCUUGUCAACAGAACUGCUCAUUUUCUGGCCUCCAUUUUUCCAUUUUUCCAUUUUUAUUUUUUCUGUAAGUUGUGUUUAUAAGAUGGUUAUUGAUUUGGGCACUCAUUCGUGAAUGUAUCUUUGAUACCGAGGAUUCAUCCCAUUGACAUUGGAAAUGGGUUUUGAUGGUAACGUUUAAGUUGUCAAAUUCUUUUC